AUGAGUGUAUUAUUGGAGACGUCAGCUGGUAAUAUGGUGGUGGACCUCUAUGAAGAUGCUGAGGGCUGUUCCAUGAACUUCAUCAAGUUGUGCAAGGCAAAAUACUACAACUUCUCGCCAUUCUACGACGUUCAGCGUGAUUUCGCUGUAGAAUGUGGUGAUCCACAUUUUCCUCUGUCAGACGGUGGACAUGCGGUGACUCAGUUGACUUCCCAGAGACGUCUGAUGCCGGUACGUCGUAGUCACCGCCAACACGACGACAUUGGGCUUGUUUCUUUCUUGAACUUUGGUACAACUGACAGCCCGUUAAUUGGCUCGCGAUUUCUGAUUACUUUGACAGAUGAUAAGACGCUUUUGAAAGAUUUGGACACUAGUGGUGUCGUCUUCGGAAAGGUGGUGGAGGGCUUCCAGACUCUACAGAGUGUCAAUGAAGCUAUAAUUGAUUCUAGCAGAAGACCCAUCAAAGAUAUAAGGAUUUUUCACACCUAUGUGCUGGAUGACCCGUAUCCGGAUCCGGUUGGAUUUUCUGCCCCUUCUGUGAGCCCUAGGCCCGAUAAGGCUCAGCUCUCAACCUUCCAGUUAGUGUACGAAGAGGAUCAAGAAAAGGAGGAAGAACUAAACCAUGAAACAACAAGAGAAGAGCAGAUGCGGGAAACACAGGCUCAAUCGCAGGCAUUAACGCUGGAGUUGUUGGGAGAUCUGCCGAGCGCUGAUUUCAAACCUAUGGAGAACGUCCUAUUUGUGUGCAAGCUCAAUCCACUAACUCAGGAGGAAGACCUAAAAACCAUUUUCUCGAGGUUUGGAAAGAUUCUGUCCUGCGAAGUGAUCAAGGACAAGGUCACCGGUUCGAGUCUUCAAUAUGCGUUCAUUGAGUUUGACUCGAAAGAGGCUUGUGAGAGGGCCUACUUCAAGAUGGACAAUGUUCUCAUAGAUGAUCGCCGCAUCCAUGUCGACUUCAGUCAGAGUGUGCGGAAACUGAGCGAUUCUUGGAGAAGGGAUAGUGAGCGGAAAAUCAAGGGAAACUUUCAGAGUCGAGGUAAUCGUGGUGGAUAUAAUAAACCGCGUGGAUAUAGACCCAUUGGACAAUGA